GAUAUUCCAUCCUCGCCAUUUUGCAAUGUGGGAGACAGAGAGGCCACUUUUAUGGCCAGCGAAUUCAAAGUGAGCGAGACGAAGAGCGCGGAUUUUACUGCGUGAGACUCGGUCAUGGAGGAGAACAGCAAUGUUGCUGUGCUCAUCACUCGCUCCAGCUCAGCCUCCUCCUCGCCCACGUUACCCCUGGGCUCCCAAUCGCGGAUCAAGAAAGCUGUGGAUCUGGAUACCUCUCAGCGAUUGCAGCAGAAACAAGCAGCCGAUUCUCUGAUACAGGUCAUUGAAAAGCUGAGCAAGAUUGUUGAGAAGAGGCCGCAGCGGCGCUGCACCAUGAUGGGACAGAAAAGAGGCGGAUUUGAAGAGCGCCAGCGAGGAAGCAAAGGGGACGUUGUGGCGAAGAAGAUGAGGCGGACCAGCAAAGAAGAGGCGAGAGCUGAAGGAGAGGUGUCUGACAAAGCUGUUUUCCCACCAGCUUUUGGUGACAGAAAUAACAACCUAACCCCCACAGCGACUGAAAUAACAAACAAUGGCAGUUCCAGCGACCACAAACGAACGGUGACAUGCUAUCAGUGCAGCCUGUGCACGUAUCUCUCCCCCACCCUGCCCCUGCUCAGAGAGCACCUGAAGCAACACAACGAGCUCUAUAAUGACCUCAUCCUCAUGUGCUCCGAGUGUCGCUUUAGCUCCAGAGACCAGCAGCAGCUGGAGGAGCACGUCAAGACGCACAUGGACAGUGGGGCGGUGCAAAGGAAGGACUCUCCCCCUUCAGGUCCAGUACACAAUGGAGAAGGGAAAAGUGUGGAGGCAGGAGCUGAGAAGACGGAGAGCUCUGCGUUUGUUGGAAAAGAGGAUAUGAGUAGUUGCACAAACUCGCCGCAGAGGAAGAAGUGGUACAGCUACGAAGAGUACGGGUUGUACCGCUGCCUUAUCUGCAGCUACGUGUGCAGCCAGCAGCGUAAUCUCAAGACACACGCCUGGAAACAUGCCGGACUUGUUGACUGUUCCUACCCGAUAUUCGAGGACGAAGUAGGAAGCUCCUCAAGGAAAGACACCGCGACUGCUGUUGGUGGCACAAUCAAAGAGGAGCUUGUUGUGUUCUCAUCCCUUCCUCAAGAAAAAAGCCUUCAAAGCUUGCCUGCUGCCUUCAAACUUCAGCCUUGUGUGUCCUUACCUUCCCAGCUCAUGAAAGACCCUUUAAACCAGCCGGCAUCGACUGACAGCCUGAAAGUAAGGGAGGAAGAGGAAGGGCCGAUCAAAGACGAGCCAGUGGUGGAAGUGCAGGUCACGACAGAGGCAGAGACCCAAGUCGAGCUCGAUAUUCACCAGGAUAAUGCCGAGAUCUCAGACAGCCUGCUGUCCUCGGCUCAGAAGAUUAUCAACAGCAGUCCCAAUAGCGCUGGCCACAUCAAUGUGAUUGUCGAGCGCCUGCCCACUGCUGAGGACUCGGUCAUGGUAACAAAUCCGCUUCUUCUCAGCCCGAAUGUGGUCGAAGGCCAGAGCUUAAACAGAACUGAGGAAGAAGAGGCUGCCGGAGAAGUCCACCACCUCAAGCAGGAGGUGGUCUUUGACAACAUCGACGAAGAUGCCGUAGGCGAGUCCCAGCGUGAUGAAAAUAUUCCUCCUGCUGGUCGUAAGAGGACGCACUCUGAGUCGCUGCGUCUUCACUCACUGGCUGCCGAGGCGCUGGUUGCGAUGCCGAUGAGGACGGCAGAACUCUCCUGCAGUAGGACGAUCCAAAAAACAAGCACGCCGAGUUCAAACCCAGAGCUCAGACCUGCUGAUGUCGCAGGGCAAAAGGACUUCACGGCAUCAGCUGCCAUGUUGGAUUUAGAGGAGAAACAUGGGGAGUUGGGAUCCCUUGGUUUCGGGAAUGUUGAGGAUGAGGGUCCUGCUGCCAAAGCGGGUAUUAGCUUGUCCUUGCUCACUGUCAUUGAAAGACUAAGAGAACGCUCUGACCAGAACACAUCAGACGAGGACAUUUUGAAAGAGCUCCAGGACAAUGCGCAGUUCCACCACGGAGCAAGUGCUGGUGCCGGAGUAGACGGCUCCCCGGAUGGCAGUUUGGUGGAGUACAUCCCUGGCAGCGACAGGCCGUACCGGUGCCGCCUCUGCCGCUACAGUAGCGGCAACAAAGGCUACAUCAAGCAGCAUUUGCGAGUCCACAGGCAGAGGCUGCCGUACCAGUGUCCCAUCUGCGAGCACAUCGCGGCGGACAGUAAAGACCUGGAAAAUCACAUGAUCCACCAUUGCAAGACCAGGAUGUACCAGUGUAAGCAGUGUCAGGAUGCCUUCCACUACAAGAGUCAGUUGAGAGCUCAUGAACGGGAACAUCAUGACAGCACAGACACAAGCGCACUGACACCCCUUGCCGAAAGUGCGACCCCCGGGGAGGAACUGGAGCGUGCAAAUGAUGAAGACGGAGGUUUGCAGAAGAUGUUCAAGUGUGACGUGUGCGACUACACCAGCUCCACAUAUGUCGGGGUGAGGAACCACAGGAGGUUUCAUAACUCUGACAAACCAUACCGAUGCUGCAGCUGCGACUUUGCCACCACAAACAUGAACAGUUUGAAGAGCCACAUGAGGAGACAUCCUCAGGAGCACCAGGCUGUACAGCUGCUGGAGCAAUACAGGUGCUCCCUCUGUGGCUAUGUGUGCAGCCAUCCGCCGUCUCUCAAGUCCCACAUGUGGAAGCACGCAGGAGACCAGAACUACAACUACGAGCAGGUCAACAAAGCCAUCAACGAGGCCAUCUCGCAGAGCAGCCGAGCUCCUCAAAAGUUGUCCGAGGUUCAGGAGUCACUCACAGAGCGCCCUGCCGUAGCCCCUGCCUCUGCGGGCCAACAGAAGACUCAUGAAUCGGCACCAGUAGUGGCCAGACUCGGCGCAGAUGCUCAAGUUAAAACCGAACCGUCACAGUCCGUGUCUGCCGCCCACCUGGGGUCCAACAUGGAGUAUUGUGUUCUGCUUUUCUGCUGCUGUAUCUGCGGCUUCGAGUCCACCAGUAAGGAGCGGCUGAUGGAGCACAUGAAGGAGCACGAGGGCGACAUCAUCAGCAUCAUUCUCAACAAGGACCAGCUGCAGACAGCUCAACAAGCAGACGUUCCGGCAGCCGAGUGAGCCAAAAUCAUUUUCAGACACUGACUCCCCCUUUAAGUACUGGCACCUCAAGGGCAUCUUCACAACUUUGGGUGAGGCGCACUCACAAACACACACUUUGACGAAUGUUUUUGGAUUUCGCAGACGCCCAAAUGACAAUGUCUGUUGGGAAUAUUUCAUUUCAAGGGAUCCGUUGGAGCUUUAACCCAAGUUCGUAUACUGCAGAAUACAAGUUGUACCUCACAAAGUCACUCACUCCUCACCGUUUUGAGAAAAGUUCACAGAAAGGCAGCUGUUUUUGCUUCUAUUUAAUUUAAUGUAUUUAUGCCACUGUGUGACACAAGCACAUGUUCAAGGCCGCUAGUUUUGUUGCCUGUAAUUUAGUUUUAAACCUUUUAAUUGCAUGCAUUUUUUUUCUCAGUAAGCCAGUUUAUUCUUCUGAUUAUUCUAAUUUAUAUAUACAUGUAGUUUCUGUACGUGACUGACUUGUUGAUAAGCAGCUAGUUUGUGUGGCGAAAACACAGUUUUCACAGACCAAAUUAAGGCUGACUCCUCCGCAGCUCACGUGGGUCUCCGUCACUUGUCGAUCGGGAAUAAUUUCAAAAGGGAACGCAGCCGUUUCAGGUGCCUAAUGGUUCACUUAGUUCUGGUCCAUAUUAACGCAAACGUGCACAGCGUUUGUUUCAUGCGGCCGCAAUCCUUAAACGCCAUAGUGCGGAAAUAAAGUUGCUCAUCAACAUUGUUCACACAGCAACGUAAACCAAUGCUUUUCUAAAAAGCAAGACAAAACAAUGAAUUUCUUAUUUAUCUGAGCUCUAGCAUAAGAUGUAAAAUGUCUAAGUUCUCUGGUUUGCAUAUCCUGUGUCAGGUUGAGCCAAAAAGAUGAAAAAAAGCUAACAUUUAGUUUGCUUUUUUUUCCCUCAGAACCAGCACCGUAGCUUAAUGACAAUAAAAUCGAGGUGUUUAGAGUCCAUUUGAGUUGUGUCUGACCUUGAGGUGGGAACGCGAAUCGAGACCAUCAGACUGACGUUGCAUUUGAAGAACAUAGUCUUAGAACGCACUCAUCCGAAUUGUUAUUACAGUAUUGCGAGGCAAACUACUCAUCUUACGUGAAAAAGACUUUUUCUUUGCAGACUAGACGAGUCUUCUUCGCAGAAGACCAACUGGACUUCCACACUGUUCUUCUCACAUGCACAAGUUCCCUCCAACUUUUUGUCUUUGUUUCUGAGGUUUCCGCAGCAACUCAGCCUCUUCCACUAAUCUUACCCAUCUUUCCUACUCACACUGAUCCUGACCGCCUUUAUCCACCCACGAACCUCAUUGGUUAUUCUCUUCUUAAAUCUGCAUGCGUGACAUUCUUAGUGCAUCAUUGUCCCUUCCAGCACAAUUUCAGGAAAAAAUCUGACCAGGAUUUUUCUGGACGAUAUUUCGAUUCGAUUCACUUCAGAUCCAGAAUCAUUGCAUUUUUGUGUGUGUGUGUAGUAGAAAUUUGUGGUAUUGCCUCCGGACAUAGCAACUUAAGCGCCACAGGUUGUAUACAGGGCCUGCUUCUCUAAUCUUCCUAACAGGACCGCAGUGAAUUGAGGUCCUGUUGAAACUGACGGAACAACUUCAACUGUGAGCGAAGCACGAUUGCAUUGUGGUUGCGCUGUCGCAGUUUUGAUCAGCGGUGAGACUUGUUUGCAUUGUGCACAAGAUUGAUGCGGUGCCACGAGUGUUUUGGAUCACGAUUUCAGUCAGCCCUAGUCUCUUCUCACCUGGUAUCUUGAGCUGUUGGUAUUCUUGAAAAAAGAACAAAAACAAAGGCAUAAAUAAGAUUUAAAAAAAUUCUCUUCUCAGGUACAAUUUCACCAUUUCGUAAAUAUGAGAGGAAAAAUCCUCUUGAUCAGUCCUGCUUCCAGGGGGCCUACAUUUCCACACGUUAAAUUCUUCUCACAAUUUUUUAGCAAUUCUUCAUUUAAUAUUGGUAUGAAAUUGGUCUUUAUACAGGAUGCCCUUAGAAUUUCAACCAAACGCCACUGGUGGUGUUACUCAAAUGAGCUGUUUUGCCAAUAUUAUUAGCCCAAACUUCAUUUCCUCCAUAAUAAACUAGUGGUGUGGGUGUCCAGAGCUUGUUGGCAUUAAGUGAAGAACCUUCAAGAAAGUACUGCCAUUCGGCAUGAACGUGUGGAUCUGCCUUCGUGUUUCCUGUGUUCACUGAACAUGCCAUGUACAGAGUCAGCCAAAAUAGUGUCAACGCACGUAAUUGGAACCUCACAUUUUGGGGACUUAAAGAUUGGGAUGGGCCAUAACUUAUCGGACAGGAUUUACCGCUGAAAAACGCCUGCUGCGCUAACAGCCUGCUGCGCUAACAGCCUGCUGCUGAGGAACCAGUGCUCUCACUUUCAUGAGCCUAGAAAACUCUCCGUGCUCCAUCAAGUGCUGGAGCUAUAAACACGCUUCCCUGCACAACAUUUUCCCGUGCACGUGCUGCAGUAUGCCAACUUUAAAUGACAGAUUGAAAGAAUCUUCGCGGCAGACUGUAUGUUGACUGAGUAGGGAGGAGCGGACGCGUCACAACCAGCGGGGCUUCACCUGAGCGCCGGCUGUCACACAUGAUCGGCAGUGGCAGGUAGUGAUCGACGUUCACGAUCACGCUGAAAUCAGCCGAUCACGAUCGGUGACCAAUCGAUCGGAGCAUAAUUUCAAAUCUUAAUAAUUCCAUUUGUAGACUCUCUGAAUCUGAGUCUCUGAAUCGGUGUUGGUUUUGCUAGAUCAAGCGCUCCAAAUAGGUUUUAUGGCUCAGAUCAUGCGAAACUCCAGAAAUGCAGAGAACACAACUGGCCAGUUAGUAACUGGUAAGUUGGGUUUUCAAGACGAAAUGAAGCGAGUCCAAUCGCGAGGAUGGCCAAACGUGUUGUAUUAAUUCUUUUGCCCAUGCCACCCCGACUUAAAGAUACCAGUCCUAGAUCUGGAGAAGUUAUUCUGUGAGAUUUUGAGAUGCAUGAAACAGGCCCUUCUCUGAUUCAUCUUCUUCCAUUUGACCCCUGUUAAUGCCGUUCUAUUGAGUUUGUGCAAGUGAGGUAGAUAUCUGUCGACAGUAGGAUGACUUUUCCGGAUUAUCCCACAGUGUCUUGGGAUUGUAAUACAAAGAACAGAGCGACUUGGCUGUCGACUGGGUGCCGUCGGGUUUUUGUUUCGGGGCGUGGGGGUGUUUCCAGGCCCAUGUUGACAAAACUAGACGCUGUAGUUUUUGUCUUCCUUCCAGGUUCAGUUAUUGAAAACGGGAGGAUAAAAAGCAGUCCUGCUUGUUGAACAUAAUCCAUUUCAUAUUUGCGUUUUUUUUGAGGAGAAGCGCUGGAUGGCAUCCCCGUUUCUGCUGGGGUCGGCCAUAAAAAUGUCAAAAAUUUAAUUUCACAGACAAUUAAAUAGGCUGAAGAUAAGAAUGAGCUCUCUGUCAUGCUCUCAACAUCACAGCGUUACACUUGUUCAUCAGCGUUGCCUCUCCUCUGUCCUACACACACACACACACACACACUGAGGACGUCGAGAUACGACGCAGUAUCCAUAAUUCACGUCGUCCAGCGCACACUACAAAUUGUAUGUGUGUGUGGUGUAAUGGGUGCAACUGGAUUAAAUCUCUAUCUGGAAGCCUGGUUAGCUGAGCCCCGUGUUUUCAUUCGUGACGCAGACAAGUCUUAGCUGCCGUGUGAUUUACUGGGACACAGUGGCAUGAAGGAAGUCUUCGGGAACAAGAGUGAAUGAGUUGCAGGAGAUUCGCAAACUGACCCCCCCAGAACAGCCAAGCGAUAGAGAAACACUGAAGCCCUCAGAUUUUUUUAAGAUGUUUACUGAGGUGGUGACAGUAAAAACACAAGUUUUUAUUCAUGUGAAGUCAAUCUGCCUCCAAUCCAAGCUGUCCUCACGUGGUCCAUCUCUUCAUAUGUCCGGCCGGAAUGUGCGACUUCAGUUCUGCGAGCAACAGACUUCAGUUAUGAUGACGUUUUCUUGGGCAUUUUUUGGUGAAAAACACACAGAAAACCGACAUAUUCCUCUCCACCUCCAUGAUGCGCUGCAUGUUAUCCGUUUAUUUGUUUCCACUGUGAUCACAAUAUACAUUCAUACAUCUUCAGUGAACCACUUCCAAUAUUGCGUUUUGUUUUUUUUCCAUGCAGAUUUAGCGUGGCUCAUUACGGUGAAGCACUCUCUCACAAUCAGGCCUCCCGGUCAUAAUGGUUCUCCUGCUUCUUGGCUUAAUAGUGCAACUGUUCAGUAUUUCCAUCUUUUCCUCAUUUCACCCCUUCUUUCCUGCCAUUCGAGACCUGUGACCAAUGAGCUCACUUGGACCCUGGUAAUACUCUAAAUGUUGUCCAUGUCUGUGUGAGAACGGCCUGUUGUCUUAAGCCAGCUGCUGAACCCCUCUCUUCCUUGUCGAAUUCCUCAUCCUUUGAAGCAUGACCUCAGCUCACGUUGUUUUGUUUCUUAAAGUUUCCUCUCACCCACCCACAAAAGCUGCCAGGCGUCUCUGCUUUUGUUGCUCACUGACAGGGUUACAAAGUUGCAAGAGCUGCUUUCGAGUUCCUCGUAUCAAACUUUCAGAAUACCUUUAUGGAUCACUGUCGUCGGUUUACUGUCUUUUGAAAGUAGUGAUGGGGCGGAGGAGGUUUCAUGAGGCAGUGUCCUUGUUUUCAGGGUCCUCUAGACGGCGCUGUCUGCUGUGUAAUCUUUAGCAGUAAACAACUGUUUCAGUGGAGUCUCACAUCAUUUUUAAACAGAGAGCACCAGCCACUGAAGGCAUAGCAAUGAAAAAACAAUGUUGGGACGACGCUCCCUGUGUAGAGAUAUUUGUGGAGAAGAUGACCUUAGAGCAGAGGUCACCGACAGGUCGCCGGCGGGUGAUUCUUUUUUUUUUUUUUUUUUUGUUACACCAUUGGUUUUUAUUGUGAAAACUCAGCAAAGAGACAAGUAUUUGAGUGGAAUAUCAUUUGAUUUCAGAAGUGUGUACUGAGCCGAUGGUAGCCCUUAGCUUCCGCUUGCUAAAAGGUUGGUGACCCCUGACCCUGGUCAAGGAAACCUCUGCUUCCUUGUCUUUCCUUCUAGACUCCUCAGUCAAGCAGCUUUGCAUCCAGGCGGCUUUAAACACUCUCAAGAUGGCUCCAGUAGUGAAUGUAGAGACAGGUUUCGCUUUCGGUUUCAGCGCUUAUUGAGGUUGUUACGUCACCCUUUAAAAGCUUCCAGAUCUGAGUCGGUGCCAUGUAUUUAUUUUUUUUAUUUUUACACAAUUAGAACUAUUGAACUAUAUUUUAUAACUGAGUGGAGCGAUUGUCCAUGUGCCUUUUUAGCCAAGGUAUCUUUUGUGACACACUAGAUUUGCAAACGUUUUCCUUCAUAGGAGCAAGAACUGACAUUUUCUUAACUAAGAAAGUCUUGGUACUGUAUUUUAACAUGUGCAUAAUGUGAAAAAUAGACUCUUAAAACUGACUUUUUUUUAUUUAUAUAGUUUAUUUUUCAAUACACAAACUAAUACGAUUGUGUUUUAGAUGCAUUUUUGUAGUCGGUUGUUGUAGAGCAGAAAACCAAAUUCAAGGGAAACAAAGUCUGUAUAUUUUGGCUUGCUGAUUUUUAAUUUUGUAAAUGAGAAGGAGGAAUUGUCUCGGUGUGAUGCUUAAGUGUAUGCAGAACAUGUUUGGGCUAUUUUAAUACCUGGCUAUUGUAUUUUUGCUAUUAAAGACUGAUACAAAAGUGUCUCUCUGUGCCAUUUCUAUAUGAAUUGGUGAGUCGACAUGGUGAUGGUUUGGUUGUGGUGCUGGGGGGGCGGGAAUAUGGCUUUGACUCCCUGUGAUUUCUUUUUAUGUUAUUAAAAUUUCUCCACUAAAUAUUGAACGCUUUCUAACUUUGUUAAAUACCAACAUUUGGCCUCAUUCGAUAUUUUCCCGAUACAAUUCAUAUUGCGAUUCUGGUUAAUAUUACGAUUUUUUUUUUCUGCUUCAACAUAAAAAUGCACUUCAUGGUUUCCGACAGAUAUUUGGUCAAAGUGGUGACCGUGAUUGUAUUUGGGUGUUUAGAAACGGUAUUAUUAACUCUUUAUUAAUAUACAAAGCCGUUGAAAAUAUCACGAUAUGGGUAUAAUAUAUGUGAUAAGGUUGUUUCUCUCUCUCUCUCUCUCUCUCUCCUUCUCUGUCUGUCUCGCUCUCUCUCUCUGUCUUUCUCUCUCUCUGUCUGUCUCUCUCUCGCUCUCUGUCUUUCUCUCUCUCUGUCUGUCUCUCUCUCGCUCUCUGUCUCUGUCUGUCUCUCUCUCUCUGUCUGUCUCUCUGUCUUUCUCUCUCUCUGUCUGUCUCUCUCUCUCUCUCUCUGUGUCUCUCUCUCUCUCUGUGUCUCUCUCUCUCUCUCUGUCUCUCUCUCUGUCUCUCUCUCUCUCUCUCUCUCUCCCCUUCUCUGUCUGUCUCGCUCUCUCUGUCUGUCUCUGUCUCUCUCUCUGUGUCUCUCUCUCUCUCUCUCUCUGUGUCUCUCUGUCUCUCUCUCUCUGUCUCUCUCUCUCUGUCUCUCUCUCCUUCUCUGUCUCUCUCUGUCUGUCUCUGUCUGUCUCUGUCUCUCUCUCUGUGUCUCUCUCUCUCUGUCUCUCUCUCUCUCUGUGUCUCUCUGUCUCUCUCUCUCUGUCUCUCUCUCUCUGUCUCUCUCUCUCUCUCUCUCUUCCCCCCACAUCCAGAUUUUUUUGUUUCUAGAAAAGAGGUUCUUAUUCUCGUGAUGUACAGAAUGCAUCUCAUUUUACAUUUUAUACACUAUUUUGCCGCCAUGUAACGUGCAAUGCUGUGCCUUUUGAUCAUUUCUUUGAUGAAUGCACAAAAUUAAUAGAUAUAAAAUAAUGAAAGACAUUCUAUUGUUUUAUAGAAUCUUAUUUUGAAUUAAACUUGAAUUAAACUAAAAAAUUGUCAAUUGCAGUCACCAUCCUGAUUAAUUCCACCAAAUAAAUCUCAAUAAUUCUUUUUUUUUUUUUGUCCCCAUCUCCAUGAUGACAGGUUGUUUCCUGGCAGUACAAAAUAAUAUUGUCUUUAUUUAAAGUCAUUUAACCACAGUGCGAGGGCCGUGUGUGUUUCUAAGGCCUCGGGUUAUAGUGGCAUGUAAAGCCUAGAUAAUCAUGUUGACUGUUUGGUGCUGUUCAUGAAUGAAAAUCGCUUCUUGUAUCAAACGGCUGGAGUGACUCAUAGAGGGGGGUUUGUGAUUCCACUUGUGGUUUGAAAUCCAAUUUGCCAGUUGUCAAACAAUAUGACGUACUUGCCCCUGGGAAUUUUCAUUGCAACAUGGGCUCAGUCAAAGUCUGAAACAGGAUUAUUUACAAGGUGAUGGGCCUUACUUUUGCCUAGUUUUAGGUCUAGUUGACUGCUUGUGACCUCUUAGUGUGUGUGAGCACUACUUCGUGAGAGACUCCAAAUGGUCAGAGUAGUGUCCCUCACACCAAGGAGCCAAACACCACCUCCAUCAUAGUCGACAACGCAGGCCCUGCAUGGCAGCUCCCCGCCACAUGAGCUUCCCACAUGGGAAGCACUGGAGCAGCCAGGCCAGGCAGGGUAUGGAGGGCGCCAAUGGCAGGACAACCACUUAAGGAGAGGUCCAUGCUGGAGACACAUCAUCCGGAUCAGCCAGGGGGACUAGAACAGUGGUUCUUAAGCCCAUGGUUGGGCCGCGAGUGCCUCCUUGAGGGCCGCUAAAAGAGUUUUUGGUUUUACACCUCUGGGCCGUGAGGCGCUCAGUUUUAAUACAUGAGCCACGUAUGGUGGCAGUAGUGAGUCACUGACUUGACAGCUGCAAAUCUGUGAGAGUUACCAAGUUCUUGAAAAGAAAAAAUGACGAACAGUAAAACUGUUCAUGAAAACACCUGUUGAAGCACUUUUGAAAAUUAAUUAGAACAUUUUAUGAUACCUUCAUUUACACUUUACUUGUA